AUGACGGGUCGUGUAAUGAAGAGCAAGCCCCUCCAGAGAUCAGCACAGAAUGAAGAUCUGAUUCACGCUAAAGUGAAAGAGGAAGGAGAAGAGUCGUGUGUGAGGGGUGAUAAUCUGUAUGGAGGAUGCAGAAGGCACAGCAUGGAACAACUUUCUGCUCUCUCUUCAGAUGGAGAGCUAAAAUGUGGUGCUUCAGAAGGACUCCCCAUGACUGGAAACCUCAGCCCAGUAGUCAACGGCCCUGAUUACUGCCAGCACGUCACCCAUCAGAGGGCCAGUAGCGAGGCUGAAAUGUUCUUCUGUUCCGAGAGAGCAGAACUUGCCUUACAUCAGAGUUUGCAUAUGUCUGAGACAUCCUGUUCCCGCUCUGACAUUAGUAUAUCUUUGGCUGGGAGAGGAACCCUUACCCCACUCCGGAGAGCUCACAAGGAUGACAAGCCCCAUUCAUGUUCCGAGUGUGGCAAAUGCUUCUCUUGCAGGAAACUUCUGAUCAGACACCAUAGAAUUCACACGGGCGUGAAACCGUAUUCCUGUGCGCAGUGUGGGAAAUGUUUUACGCAGAAAUCGACUCUGAUCAAACAUGAGAGAGUUCACACGGGGGAGAAGCCCUAUUCCUGUUCAGAGUGUGGGAAGUGCUUUGCCCAGAAAUCGGUACUCGACAGACACAACAAAGUUCACACAGGCGAGCGCCCUUUCUCGUGCGCCGAAUGCAGGAAGUGUUUUCGAGAGAAAUCGGACCUUGCCAAGCAUGAGAGGCUUCACAGGGCUGAGAAGCCGUUUUUCUGCUCUGACUGCGGGAAAAGUUUUACACAGAGAAGCCACCUGAUAUCGCAUCAGAGGUCUCACACGGGAGAGAAGCCGUUUUCCUGCUCCGAGUGUGGAGAAUGUUUUACCCGGAGGGGAACGCUUAUCACACAUCAGAGAAAUCACGUGGAGAAAACAUUUCCCUGUUCUGAGUGUGGGGAAUGUUUUGCUGAGGUAUCGGACCUUUUCACUCAUGAAAAAGUUCACGUAGCGGAGAAGUUGUUUCCCUGUCCCGAAUGUGGCGAAUGUUUUGGCCAGGUAGGGCUCCUUGUUUCCCACCAGGCUGCCCAUGCCAAGGAGAAGUCCUACUCCUGUGCUGAGUGUGGGAAAUGUUUUUCUCGAAACGACCAACUCAUCAGACAUCAGAGAACUCACACAGCUAAAAAGACGUUCCCCUGUUCCCGAUGUGGCAAACAUUUUUCUCGGAAGUCAUCUCUUAUCCGGCACGAAAAAGUCCACACAGGGGAGAAGCCGUCCUCGUUCGAUGUGAAUGAGGUCCAUAGUCACUCAACCCAUUUCCUGAGAGCAUCGGCUGUCAUUGACUUCCCCCUUAAGGGAUGCCUCAAUACUCUGGCUGGGCUCACAGGAAAAUGCAGCAGAGAGUAUAGGCUUCGGACGCUGAAUGGGAAAAGAGGAAGGAGCCUGGGAAGUCAUGUGACUGGCCAUAUGACUGCUUAUUUAAGCACCACGUGUCUGAUCAACCAGUCAGCAAGCACCAACACGGUCAUGUGGGAGCAAGGGGCUUGA